AUAAAAAAAUUACUAUAAUAAUUCAUGAAUUAUGAUUCACGAUUCGAAUUCCUAAACAUCCCCUUACUUAUUUAUACUUUUGUGGAAUUAUAGUAGACUAAACCAAACUUCCUUGGCUCCAAUGGAGGGUUCUCAGCCUCUCCAUAUCUGCCAUGUCCACAAAGCUUCUGUCAUCAUUCACAGAUCACACACUUUCCUUCAUGUCUUAGCGGUUGGAUUCUUGGUCUAUUACAGAGCCUCUUUCUUUUUCCAAAACGACAUCAAGAACAAAGGACUACCAACUUUACCAUGGCUUCUUCUCUUUGUCUCCGAGCUCCUCCUCUUCUUCAUAUGGCUUCUAGGCCAAGCCUUUCGGUGGCGUCCCGUUUCUCGGACCGUCUUUCCGGAGAGAUUGCCAGAAGAUGAUAAGCUUCCUUCAAUUGAUGUGUUCAUUUUCACGGCGGAUCCGGAUAGAGAGCCAACUUUGCAGGUGAUGAACACCGUGCUAUCCGCCAUGGCGAUGGACUACCCGCCCGACAAGCUCCACGUGUAUCUUUCCGAUGAUGGGGGUUCACUGGUGACUUUGAAUGGAAUGAGAGAGGCUUGGAAGUUCGCAAAGUGGUGGAUUCCGUUUUGCAGGAAAUUUGGAAUCCAGAAGCGGUGCCCUGAGGCUUAUUUCUCUGCACCAGCAAAUGAUGAUGAUGAUGAUCAUGGAGAUUUUGGGAGCUUUAAUGAGUUUCUGUCAGAGAGAGAAAAACUCAAAGAAAAGUACCAAGCAUUUGAGAAAAACGUAAAAUCAUUUAAAGAGACAUUUGAAGAUGGAAAAGAUCACCCAUCCGUCAUUGAGGUUAUUCAAGGAAACCCCAAUGAGCUUAAAGAACAAGAAGAUCAAUCUAUACUGCCUCGUCUUGUUUAUGUUUCCAGGGAGAAAAGGCCUUCUCAUCCUCACCAUUUCAAAGCCGGAGCAACGAAUACACUUCUCCGAGUCUCUGGAGUGAUGAGCAAUUCUCCUUACAUACUAGCGCUAGACUGUGACAUGUACUGCAACGACCCGACCUCAGCGCGUCAAGCCAUGUGUUUCCACCUUGAUCUCAACAUCUCUUCCUCACUAGCUUUUGUUCAAUUCCCUCAGAGAUUCCAUAAUAUUGCUAGGAAGGAUAUUUAUGAAAGUGGGUUAAGAUCCACAUAUUCGAUAAUGUGGCAAGGUCUAGAUGGGCUAGAUGGACCAGUCUUGUCCGGUACAGGCUUUGUUUUAAAGAGGACAUCAUUAUAUGGAAGUUUUGCACAAGAAGGUGCUGAUCCAAUGGAACUCAAAAAGUACUUUGGACCAUCCAACGAGUUCAUCAAAUCUCUUUUUCAACAUACCAAGUCAUAUGUAGUCAAUGGCAAAGAUUCUUCCAAUGAACUGCUACAAGAGGCCAAAUUCUUGGCUUCUUGCACCUAUGGAGAUCAAACUAAAUGGGGUGAAGAGGUUGGUUUUCUGUAUUAUUCAGUUGCAGAAGAUUACUUGACGGGGUUCACCUUACAAUGUAAAGGAUGGACUUCAGUAUAUCUUAGCUCAGCGAAGCCACAGUUCUUGGGUUCUGGCGUCACGAAUUUGAAUGAUCUAUUGACUCAAGGCACAAGAUGGAGCUCAGGAUUGGUUGAAGUUGGUAUCUCAAAGUUUUGCCCUUUCUUUUAUGGUCCCUCCAAGAUGUCUUUUCUUGAGAAAAUGUGCUAUGGAUAUCUCUCAUUUUUUCCUCUCUACUGCUUGCCUUUAUGGUGCUUUGCAACCAUUCCUCAACUCUACCUUCUAAAAGGCAUCCCUUUGUACCCUGAGGUCUCAAACUCAUUUUUCAUCAUAUUUGUGUUAAUCUUGAUCUCUUCUCUUGCCCAACAAUCUUAUGAGAUCCUUAUAACCGGAGGCCCGUUUCGUUCAUUGAUAUACGAACAAAGGAUAUGGAUGAUAAAAGCGAUCACAUCUCACUUAUAUGGAACUUUGGACGCUUUCAUGGAGCGGAUUGGCAUGAGGGCAGCCAGUUUUGUGCCUACCAACAAAGUUGAGAAUGAUGAACGAGUCAAGCUUUACGAAAAAGGUGCAUACGAUUUUCGGACCUCAAAGAUGUUUCUUGCUCCGUUGGUUGCCCUAGUGACCUUGAACACAGGCUCUCUUCUCGUGGGAAUUGGUAGAGCCAUUUUAGUGGGAGAUUUGGACAAGAUGUUUGUACAAGUUUUCAUCCCAUUUUAUAUCUUAGCCAUAAACUACCCCAUUAUAGAAGGGAUGGUGAUAAGAAAAGAUAAGGGAAGAAUUCCGACGUCAAUCACCAUAUUAUCUGCUAUGUUGUCCACGAUAAUUUUCUUGCCUGUGGUAUCUAGAUAUCCUAUGUACUAAACAUGACGUGGUAGAUAAGGUUGUAUGUUAAUGAUGGUCUAAUCACUUUAAUGCUAUCGUGAGUCUAAACCCA